AUGGCUGACGUGAGCUAUCCCGACACAAAUGGCCACAGCGCACUCGCAAAGGGCCCCAUUGCCGAGAACAUAAAGUCCGAGGCGUCCCGCACUGGUCAAGAAUUCCGCGACUUGAGGAACACUAGCCCUUCAUCUACCACUGCGACCGGUCAACCCUUGACCUACUACCACUCGCUGCUGUACAGCCUUUUGAGCUGGGAGCAACCCCGAGCUACCGCCAUCUCCUUCGCGAGUGUCGUCACAUUCAUCUUCGCCGCCCGUUACCUUCCCCUCCUCCGUUGGUUCUUCAAAUUCAUCUAUGUGGUUCUGGGAUUCACCGCUAUUGUCGAGGUCGGCGGCAGACUUGCUCUGUCACAGAGUGUCGUGAGCUCGUUCCGGCCUCGCAAGUACUACACCGUGCCCAAGGAGACGAUCGAGGCUGUGUUGGAGGACCUUGAGCAGCUCAUCGACUUUGUCCUCAUUGAGUUCCAGCGUGUUCUGUUCGCCGAGAACAUUGUCCACACCAUUGCCUCUUUCUUUGCCGCUUUCACCGCCUACUGGUUGAUCAAGUUCCUUCCUUUCUGGGGACUGUCUUUGAUUGCGGUCACCAUCGCCUACAUGGGACCCUUGGUCUACAUCAACAACCGUGAAGUUAUCGAUGCCCACAUUGAGCACGCGCAGGAAGUUGUCAACAGCCAGGCCCACCAGCUGAAGGAUCUUGCUGAGGAGCGCACUGCCCAUGCCACGGGUGUUGUGAGGCAGUAUGUUGGUGACUACAGCGCCAAGGCCCAGGGAUACAUGCGUCGCUCUGCGACCCCCGAGAUGGCUCGGGCACCCGCCCCCGUUAUCAAGAAGGAGCCUGAAGCCGAGCCCGAGAUCAAGACGACUGACUUCCCGGAGGCACCCAAGGAGGAGCCCGUGGCCGCCCAGGAGCCCGUUGUGGAGACGAUCGAACAGCCUGCUGAGCAGGUGAAGUCGGAGCCUCUUCUGGCAGCUUAG